AUGAAAUGGAAACAACCAAUAGUUAAAAAAAAAGUAAUCCCUAAAAAUCUUGAUCCAAACGUUAGCUUCAAGAUCAGCAACUCAAACUCAAGUGAAAAUACUCGUUCUUUUGGUGUUAGUGCUAGUGAUAACGAGUCGAAUGAUUUAGAAAUAACAAAAACAAUGCACAAAAAUUUCUUCCAUGAGCAUAUGCAAAAGGGCGCUCUAAUGUCUAUAUCUCGAGAUCCAAAAUUACUGAUAGGCAUUCCUGCCCAUUCAUAUUUUUGUAUUAAACAUUUAGAAAACUUCACGGAAAUAUCAUCUAUUGAAAUCCUAGUGACUUUACGAAAAAUCCGAUGGCAUGACCCAAAUUCAAUGCUUGCAAUACAUUUUGGCCUCUCUGAGAGUUCUGUGACUAAAUAUUUUAAUAAAACUCUCCCAAAAAUUGCACUGUGCCUGAAUCGACUUAUUAUCUGGCCAUCAGCAGAUGAUGUCAGAGAAAACUUGCCGAUAGCUUUUAGGAAGCGCUAUUCUAAAGCGAUUUCAAUAAUCGAUUGUUUUGAAAUUCAAAUCGAGAAACCUAGUAACGCUUCGCACCAAGCGGCUACAUGGUCUCAAUAUAAAAGCUGCAAUACCAUUAAGUACUUGAUUUCAAUUACACCUGACGGUUUGAUAAACUUUAUCUCUGAGGGAUAUGGAGGGAGGACUCCAGACUCAACAAUAUUUGAAGACAGCGGAUUUCUUGACAAAUUGGCACAAGGAAGUAUUGUGUUAGCUGAUAGGGGUUUCAAAAAUAUUUCCCAUUUACUGGAACAACGUGGUUGUACACUCCUGAGGCCGCCUAGUGUGAGUUCCAACUCAAAACUUACAGCAGAGGAAGUCUUGCAAACAAAGAGAAUCGCUGCUAUAAGGGUUCACGUUGAAAGAAGCAUAGGGAAGUUGAGAGACUUUAAAAUGAUCGGACCUCACGCAUGUGUCGAUAUUUCAUACGUACAUUUUUUAGAUAAUAUUGUAACAAUAGCCUGUGGUUUAGUUAAUUUACAGAAUUGUCUAUUUAGUAGUCAAGUGUAA